GUUAGCAUUUGACAACUAGGAAAAGAGUUGGGAAGUGGAAAGUGGAAAGAAAUAUUCAGAAAUUGAAAAAUACCAAAAAUAGAUUUUUUUAAGAAAAAAGAAGUAAAUGACAUAUGUAAUUCCUUUGUUACUCUUGUCAAUAUUCUUCCAGAUUCGUAGAAAUCGUAAGAGAUUGGUUACAAGGUACGAACAGAAGAAAACAGAUUUCUUUCAGAAUCUUUUUCUUUUCUUUUCGGCUUCUAAUCAAAUUUCUCUUUCUCUCUUGUAACCUUCAUCUCACUCUUGUUCUCUACAAAACAGUUUGAAGGGUGUUGAACACAAUCAUCAAUGGCUGUUUCUGUUACGCAAAUGUCUAUAAUUGUUGGAAUUCUGGGUGCACUGUCCUUUAUUUUUGGUGUAAUCGCUGAAAAUAAGAAGCCUGCAGCUGGAACUCCAAUAACUGGAAAAGGUGUAGUGAUUUGCAAGUAUCCAUCUGAUCCAACUGUUGCCUUGGGUUAUCUAUCUUUUGCAUUUCUUGUAGCAUCUACAGUGGCUGGCUAUCUGUCUCUUUUUUAUCCUUAUAAAGGCAAAUCUGUUCCUCAAUCUGUGUUGUUUCAAAGUGCCAGUUUUUCUACAUUCUUCAGCAUUUCCUUGUUUACUGGGGGAUUAGCAGCCACUCUGCUUUUAUGGCCAACAAUCACAGAGCAAUUCCAUUUGACUCGCAAGGUUCAUCACAAUCUCGAGACUACUUGCCCUACUGCUAAGACUGGUCUCCUUGGUGGGGGUGCAUUUGUCUCUCUUGACUCGGCCCUCUUCUGGUUAGUUUCCCUUAUGUUAGCUGAUAAUGCGCGCGAGGACUACUUUGAAGAGGUGGAGAAUGAGUGCAAGCCUGAAUAUAAUGCACCUGCACAUCUCAAGGGCACUGCAUAAGCUUGAGAAAUAUUUCCCUGUAUUCUGUCUUUGGCUUUAGACAUUUACAUGCCACAUUAAUAAAUUGUUAAUUAGCAUGAUCA